AUGCCGUUAUCCACUUCGCCGCCCCCACAUCCCCGAGUUGGAGAGCGUUCACGUGAAGAAGGCCGAGAAAUGAAGCUACUUCACUUUGUCUACGGCCAGCCAAACCUCGAUGAGAUCAGAGGCCAUCCACAAAAGGUGCUCGACCUGAUAGAGGAAUUUGAAAAGGACUACGACAUGAUGACCGUCGGCGGGCCCAAAGGCAAAAUCAUGACAGACCUAAUCGACAAACUGAAGCCCAAAACAAUGAUCGAACUGGGCUGCUACGUGGGCUACUCGGCCAUCCUAUUCGGCGAGGCGGUUCGACGCAACGGUGGCGAGCGCUAUCUCAGUCUAGAGCUGAACCCGGAGUGGGGAGCCAUUGCGAACAUGUUAAUCGAGGUGGCUGGUCUGCGCGACUUUGUGCGGGUGCUUGUCGGUCGCAGCGAUGUGUCGCUUAACAAGUUGCACCAGAGCGGUGAGGUGACCAAGAUCGAGCUUAUGUUUAUUGACCAUUAUAAGCCCGCGUAUACUACGGACUUGAAGCUAUGCGAGCACCAUGGUAUGAUCGUUCCUGGCUCGGUUCUCGCGGCUGACAAUGUGAUCCGUCCGGGUAACCCGCCGUACCUGGAGUAUGUUCGGAGCAGUGUUGAGCAGAAGAGGGAGGCUGCGAAGCGAGGGCCCACUAAGGGCUAUAACACGGAGGGUAUGCGAGAGCGCGUUGUCACUUCUUUCAUGCCCGAGUGUGAUAAGCCUGUCUUCGAGGUUGUUGGUAAUCCCAACCUAGUCUACCAGAGUAUGCUACGGCAGCCGGAGGGACAACCAGAUGCCAUCGAGGUUACGCGGUGCGUGGGGGUGGACGACGCAAAAAGCCAUCCUGGUGGCCACAUCCUUGCAGCAAAUAAUUGA